AUGUCGGCCCUCGACUACGGCAGCACCUCUCCGGUGGAGGCCAGAACAAUCAACGCCAUGUCAGUGCCCUGGAUACUUGCCAAGAGAGCACUGCCAGGCAUCGUCGGACGUCAGACAAGUAAGCCUCAGUUCUUGACAGCAAGAGACAGCAUGGUCGCCAUCCCUACAGUCUACUAUGGCCUUGACAGUGGCCCUGAUGCCGGCACUGUCGUCGGCGCAACCCUCGGAUCAGUCGCUGGUUUCAUCCUCCUUGUCUGGCUCAUCCAAACUCUCUCAAGCGGCCGCAACAAGCAACCCGACGAAGAAGUCAUUAUCCGCCACGAACGCUCGCCCAGAAGACGCCGCAGAUCCGAGAUGCGCUCCGUCAGCCGAGGACCCGAACGCGUUAUACGUCAAGAAAGAAUUGUCAGAGACUCAAGCCGCGCAGCACCACCCAUGAGAAGCAGCUUCAUCGUCGAGCCUGAGAGAAGGGUCGAGGGAGAUGACAUUGUCGAAGUCAUCGAGGAACAGUCAAGCGUCGGUGCACCUAGAAGAAAGCCUAGUCGUAGAGGCAGUGGUACAUAUCGGUCAGUAGAUCCGUUGAUGUACGACGAUCGAGGCUAUGCACGCAGAGAUGUGUACUAG